CACUUGCAGGCAGGCAUUUAUCCCAUCACCAGUGACUCUACCAUUGCGACCGACCUGCGACCAUGUGUGGUUCAGACAUCUUUCUAGCGAUUCUCGCCAUUUUCUUCCCUCCAGUUGCGGUGUGGAUCAAAGUAGGCAUCUGUACGGCUGACUCGAUCAUCAACCUUGCUCUCUGCUGUCUCGCCUAUAUCCCGGGCCUGCUGCACGCCUGGUACAUCAUUCUCAAGUAUCCCGAGCCGGACUACGAUGACCCCAGCUAUGCGCCCAUUCCCGGGAAUCACAGAGGCGACGCCGAGAACGGUCGCGUCACAUAUUACUAUGUCUCCCACCAACCCAUUCAACACCCAUCCCAGCGUGGCUAUGGUACCAUGCCUCCGCAACAACCCCACGCGGCGAACGCUCAGCCUAAGCAGCAACAUCCCGCACCUUCCCAACAGCACGAACACGCUUCUGGAAGCGGCGGCGGCGGUAGCAGCAGCCGAGAACACGCCGAUGCGCGGCCACCGCCCACGUACGCCGAAGCAGUGAAGGGGGACCACAAAGUACAAGAUCAAACAGGUCAAGCCUGA